GCGCGUUUAUAUUUCCUGAAUGGGGGAUGGCUGGAGAAUCCUGGCAACACUGUGUAAGGUCUCUCAGCUGCAUCACAUAGGUCCUAUCAUACAAACUCCGGCGUGUAACAUUUUUUGCUUGAUCAGGCAUUGUGACCAGUCAUGGCUGAUGAGGGAUAUGUUGUGCGAAUCAGGGGUCUUCCUUGGUCCUGUUCAGUGGAUGAAGUGCAGAGGUUUUUCUCAGGAUGUAAAAUUCUUAACAGUGGAGGGGGAAUCCACUUCACCUACACAAGAGAGGGGCGUCCCAGUGGAGAGGCAUUUGUAGAACUGGAGACAGAAGACGACCUGAAGAUUGCAGUGAAGAAGGACAGAGAAACUAUGGGUCACAGAUACGUAGAGGUGUUUAAAUCGAACAAUGUUGAGAUGGAUUGGGUUAUGAAGCACACUGGCCCAAAUUGCCCAGAGACAGCAGGAGAUGGGCUUGUGCGGCUCCGAGGCCUUCCCUUUGGCUGCAGCAAGGAGGAGAUCGUCCAGUUUUUCUCAGGGUUGGAAAUCGUGCCAAAUGGGAUAACAUUGCCGGUGGACAUCCAGGGGAGGAGUACGGGGGAGGCCUUCGUGCAGUUUGCUUCACAGGAUAUAGCUGAAAAGGCUCUAAAGAAACACAAGGAAAGAAUAGGGCACAGGUACAUUGAGAUCUUCAAGAGUAGCCGCGCUGAGGUGCGGACUCAUUACGAACCCCAGAGGAAGCCUAUGGGCAUGCAGAGACCGGGCCCCUAUGACCGGCCGUCUGGUGGUCGUGGCUACAACAUGAUGGGCAGAGGGGGAUCCUAUGACAGAAUGCGUCGAGGAGGCUACGGAGGAGGUGUGUCAGACGGACGGUAUGGAGAUGGUGGCUCUUCCUUCCAGAGCACAACAGGCCACUGUGUUCACAUGAGGGGCCUGCCAUACAGAGCUACAGAGACAGACAUCUACAAUUUCUUCUCUCCACUGAACCCUGUGCGGGUCCAUAUUGAGAUCGGCCCAGAUGGACGGGUAACUGGGGAGGCAGAUGUAGAGUUUGCAACGCACGAAGAUGCUGUGGCAGCCAUGUCCAAAGACAAAGCCAACAUGCAGCACCGAUAUGUGGAGCUGUUCUUGAACUCAACAGCAGGUGGUAGUAAUGGAGCCUAUGGCAGCCAAAUGAUGGGUGGCAUGGGAAACCAAUCAUCUUACAGCGGUGGCCAGCUGAGCUCAGGGUACUCUGGAGGGUACAGCAGUCAAGGAAAUAUGGGUGGCUACAGUGACUAUAUUAGGUAACCAGGGCGGAAUGGGAAGCAGUUACUACGGCAGCGGAGGAGGAGGAGGAAGCAGAGGCUCAAUGAAUGGACUUGGUGGGGGAUGGGGAAUGUAGAUGUUUUUUGUUUUAUUUUCUUCCCUUAAUUUUGAUGACUUUUAACUCAGCAUUUUGCUGGAUGGACUGGAAAUGUCACCUUGUAAACAUAGACUAGUCAGGUUAAGUUUUGAAAAUGGAGGGGUAGGAUUUGUAACUUCUUUUUUUAAGUGGAUGAGCUUCAGAGAGAAGUGAGAUCUGUUGUCAUAAGAAACUGUCUGAAGUGUUGUCUUCCCCAUUCCUCACAGAUCUGACACAUUACAGAAACCUUGCUUUAAAUUUCCAAAUUACCCAGAAGUUUGCUGUUCUGUUAUUGUUCUCAACUCUUUCUAAAGGUGAACACUUCGUGUGCUGGUUGAUUUAACAAGUUUCAAAGUGUGAGUGCAUGAGCAGAAAAAUUACAAAUGUCUGAUAUCCUCUGAUAUUUUACACCUCAUUUCUGCUUAAUGUUUAGCCUUUUUUUUGUUUGUUUGUUUCCAGUUAAGAUGUUAAUCUGAAUUUGACCCUUCACGUGGUCCAAGCGUGUUUUUUUUCUACAGUUUGACUGUUAGAGCAGUUGUGGAUGAAGGCUGCAUCAAGAGAAAAUGAAUUUAAAAUCUGUUGCCAUUGAAGGUUUUUACCGCUUCAAAAUGCUAUUUGUAUUUUCUGUGCACAAAGUGAAUAAACUAGUCUGGAAUAU